AUGGACCAAGUUGUCAUCCCUGAGGAUGGCGAGACUGCUACGAUUGGAGGCGGAGCUAGUGUGAAGGAGGUUGUCAGUACUCUGUGGGCAACAGGCAAGCAAACAGUGACAGGAAUCUGCGAGUGCGUUGGCAUUUCUGCCCCAGUUCUAGGAGGCGGUCACGGGUGGCUUCAGGGCCAGUAUGGCCUGGCUUCGGACCAAGUCAUCUCGGCCAAAGUUGUUCUUCCCGAUGGAAAGCUCGUCAGCACGUCCAAUAAUGAGAAUCCCGAUCUCUUUUGGGCUCUGAGGGGAGCCGGCCACAACUUUGGCAUCGUCACUGAAUGGCAGUACCGAGUCCACGAUAUCAAAAACAUCAAGUGGUCUUAUCAGAUAUUUAUCUAUCUCGGGGACAAACUUGAGGAGAUUCUCGAUCUGACCAACGAUAUGAUGAAGACUCAGCCACCAGAAGUUACGCAUUGGAUGUAUUUUGUAAACAUCCCUGACAUCGACCCCAAUCGACCCAUAAUCUGGUACGCCAUCAUAUCGGACGACACCUUCGAAAAGUCUACAGAGUAUGCGAAGCCUCUCUAUGACAUUGAUCAUAUAAAUGUCGAAGCUGGUGUGGCGCCUAUGCCAGACUUGGCUGGCUUGACCUUCAUGAGCAGUGAUAGUGUCGGAUGCGCCAAAGGCUACACGGGUCUGCGAUACCCUAUCGGUCUGAAGACCUAUGAUUUACCUGCCGUCCGGAAAGUGUUUGAUGACAUCGCCGACAUGUCGAACCGCAACCCGGAAUUUGCCGGGUCCUUCUUCCUCCUUGAAGGAUAUUCGACUCACGGCGUGAAAGCCGUCGAUGAGAAGAGCUCAGCCUUCCCGCAUCGAGAUGACGAUAUUCUGAUUACGUCGUACAUCAUGUACAAGCCGAACGCGUCUCUUGAUGCACUUGCUCAAGAAUAUGGAGAGAAGCUAAGAGGGCAUCUAUUAGCGGCAAGUCAUGAGCCUGACCGCUUGACAGCAUAUGUGAAUUAUGCUCAUGGAAUUGAGUCGCUCGAGGCUAUCUAUGGAUGGGACGAAUGGAGGCUGGAGAAGUUGAGAGGGCUGAAAGCGAAAUGGGAUCCUCAGAACCGAAUGAGGUUCUACAAUCCUAUUGUCUAA